AUGAGCUCCAGAAACAAGCUAGAGACAUUGAAACGUCUUCAAAGAGCGCGUCAGGACAGAUCGUCGUCAAAGGAACUGUACGAAAGCGACGAUGAUGGCGAGGACUCAAAAGUGUACGAUCUUAUAGAUGAGCAGGAAUUUCGGGACCGGAAGCGUCAAGAAUUGCUUAAAGAUGAUUUUGUGGUGGACGACGACGGGCUGGGAUACGUGGAUCGGGGUGUGGAUGAGUGGGACGAUAGAUAUCGCCAAAAGGGCUACUACACAUCGGAGGAGGAGGAUGAAAACUCGAAAACCGGAAGCAAAGCGAAACAAAGCAAGGGAGGUAAUGAGAAAGACAAGAACGCAAUUGGUGAGCUGAUAGCUGCACAACAGAAAAAAACCCCCAGAAAGGUCGCAGCUCAAACUGCACCUGCGAAGAAGUUCGGUGCGGACGAAUUCGACGACAUCUUACUAGAGUUCGAAAACGAAAGAGACACUUCAGUUUUGAAUCACCAAGUUAAUAAAAAAGCAGCUCUGAACGGGUUACCGGGCCCUGUCUCGAAAAGAGCAGUUGUGAAGCAAUCGACCGCUCCCACAGUAAAGAGGGUAAAAAUUCACGCAGAUGAGCCCUCUCAUACGCCAUAUAAUUCUUCUCCGCUAAGAUCCAUGAGCACCAAACCGAAUUUGGUCGACGAUGCGGAUUUGCAGGCCAUGAUAGAUGACGUCCAAAGCUCACCAACAAUCCUCAAAACCAGGAGUAUAAAAUCCGCAGAGAUAGCUGCAGACAGCAAGAACACUCAACCUAAUAUUGAUGGUGAUGACGACGACGAUAGUGACGAUGAAAUUCAACUAGGAAGGCGCACUAUUCGCACCGCUGCAGCCGCGAAAAGAGCCAAUUUCAACAUGAGCUCCAUUACACCUUCCUCUCCGUUCACAACCGCUCCAGGAACUCCCGCAACAUCAAGUCAGUCUCGUGCAAAUGAUUCGAGACCCUCCUCACAGUCGCUUAACAAGACCUACAGCCGCGAAGAUAUCGUAGAUCAAACUUCAAACUCGUUCAAAUUGUUUUGGCUGGAUUAUGCGGAGGUGGACAACACACUGUUACUGUUCGGGAAGACGCUUUCACGUCAAAACGAGUCCAUUUCUGCCAUGGUACAAAUCAAAAACCUUUACAGAGAGCUCUACUUCUUGCCCAGAGAGGGAAAGACAGCCACUGAUGUUCAUGAAGAGAUCAUACCUCUGCUACUUGAGAAAUACGGGCUUGAUAACAUUCGAGCCAAGCCUGAAACCAAAAAGUACGCCUUCGAAUUGCCUAAUAUUCCACAAAAAUCUGAGUAUUUGAAAGUUUUAUUGCCCUACCAAACGCCUAAAAGCAAGGGCGUCAUUAUACCCAGCGAUCUUGAGGGCGAUACAUUUUAUCAUGUUUUCGGCGGUAACACCAAUAUUUUCGAGAGCUUUGUGGUCCAGAGAAAAGUCAUGGGUCCUUGUUGGCUCGAAAUCAAAAACGGCGAUUUCACAGCACUUUCAAAUGCAUCCAAUUGUGCGCUGGAUGUUCAGGUACCUAGUCCAUCGCUUAUAACACCAUUGGCAGAGAAGAUGGCACCAAGUCUAAAUUGUGUGGCUAUUGCAGUGCAAAGCGUUAUGAACGCACAGGAGAACAAGCAGGAAAUUGUUAGCAUAACAUUGUCGCACUACGAAAAUUUUCCCCAAGAUGUUCCCAUACCCGAGGACCUAGCUCCCAAUUCGGUCGCUACUCUAGUUAGGCCACCAACUGGCUCAAGUUUUCCUACUGGUUUGAUGCAUCUUGGAAACAAAUCAUUACAGGGUCAGCUGCGACUACUAAACAACGAGAAAGCACUUUUGAGCUGCUUCUGUGCAAUGUUAAGAUCUUCUGAUCCUGACGUAAUUAUCGGACAUCGUUUGGAGAAUACUUCAUUAGAUAUCAUUACGCAUAGGUGCAUGGAGCUGAAGAUUCCUACUUUCAGUAGCUUAGGGCGUCGCGCCAGAAAAUCGUGGCCGGAUAAAUUUGGGAGAAAUCCCAGUAUGAACCAAUUUUACGUCCGUGAGAUUUUUGCAGGCCGCCUACUCUGCGAUAUCUCCAACGAAAUGGGUCAAUCGCUGACACCAAAAUGCCAGAGUUGGGACUUGUCCGAAAUGUAUCAAGUUACGUGUCAAAAGGAACACAAGUCAUUGGAGGUAAACUACCAAAGUCCCCAAUAUCAAAAUGAUGUUAACUCGAUGGUUUUGGCUCUUCAGGAAAACGUUUCUGGCGCUAACAUUUCUGCUGAAAUUGCCUUUCGAAUUCAAAUUCUUUCACUUACCAAACAACUUACAACGUUAGCGGGUAAUGCCUGGUCUCAAACUCUUGGUGGUACUAGAGCCGGGCGAAACGAAUACAUUCUGCUCCACGAGUUUGAACGAAACAAUUACAUUGUUCCGGACAAGGAAACUAGGCAAACCAAGAAUCAGCGUCAACAGAAAUUGAGGGAAGAAGCUGGAGAAGAUGGUGGCGAAGAAUUACAGGUAAGCUCAAAAAAAGCCAAGUAUCAAGGUGGUCUAGUUUUCGAGCCAGAGAAGGGCUUGCAUAAAAACUACGUUUUAGUAAUGGAUUUCAACUCUCUUUAUCCUUCCAUUAUUCAAGAGUUUAAUAUUUGCUUCACGACUGUGGAUCGAGAUCCAAAUAAUAUAGAAGAACUUCCGAACGUUCCAAGUAGUGACAGCAAACAAGGCGUUCUGCCCAGAUUGUUGGCCAACCUGGUAGACAGAAGAAGGGAAGUCAAAAAGCUUUUGAAGGCAGAGACUGAUCCACACAAGAGAGUACAGUGUGACAUCAGACAACAGGCUCUUAAAUUAACAGCGAAUUCCAUGUAUGGGUGUCUCGGUUACGUGAAUAGUAGAUUUUACGCCAAACCGUUAGCAAUGUUGGUCACCAAUAAGGGCAGAGAAAUUCUAAUGAAUACGCGGCAACUUGCAGAGAGUCUGACAUUGGCAGUUAUUUACGGUGAUACAGACUCGGUAAUGAUUGACACAGGCUGUGAUGUCUAUGGUGAUGCUAUUAAAAUUGGAGAGAACUUCAAGAAAUUGGUAAAUGAGCGCUAUCGACUCUUGGAAAUUGAUAUCGACAACGUCUUCAGAAAACUGCUAUUACACGCUAAAAAAAAAUACGCUGCUCUGACAGUUUCUUUCGAUAAACAAGGUGUUGAACAGACCACUUUGGAAGUAAAGGGUUUGGAUAUGCGGCGUCGUGAAUUUUGUCCAUUGUCAAAAGAGGUAUCCGUCCACGUCCUCGAAACAAUUCUGUCUGAUAAAGAUCCAGAGACUGCUUUACUGGAUGUUUAUGAAUAUCUGGAAAACAUAAGAGAGCAGAUAGAAGCCAAUACGAUACGGGUCGACAAAUACAAAAUUAACACAAGGCUAUCGAAGGAUCCUAGAGCUUACCCCGGCGGUAAGAAUAUGCCUGCUGUGCAAGUGGCUCUCCGGAUGAGAGAAGCUGGACGCGUGGUUAAAGCGGGAAGUGUCAUUACUUUCGUCAUAACAAAACAGGAAGAUCUGAAUGAUGGGGACGCUCAAUUAUCUGUUGCCGAGAGAGCGCGAGUGUUGAACGAGGUUAUGGUGAAAAGCAACAACCUGCACCCUGAUCCUCAAUACUAUUUGGAAAAGCAGAUAUUUUCACCAGUGGAAAGGCUAUUGGAGCGUAUUGAAAGUUUUGAUAUUGUCAGACUAAGUCAGUCAUUGGGUCUUGAUAGCAGAAAGUACAUCAACCGCGCGGGGGCAAACGGGGAAUUGAACGGCUCAAGUGCUGACAAUUUACAGCCCUUAGAGAGCGCUAUUUCCGAUGAAGAAAGGUUUAAAGGCGUUGCAUCAUUGACUUUACAAUGUCCUGGUUGUAGUCAGAGAUUUCCAUUUGGUGGCAUUGUGGCUUCUAAGUAUUACCAGAUGAAUUUUAACGGAUUGCAAUGCGCGCAUUGUCAUCAUCAGUUCUCACCAUUACAAUUGAGUUGCCAACUAGAGAGUCAUAUUCGGUCGCACAUUUCGAGAUAUUACGCUGGAUACUUGAAAUGUGAUGACAGUACUUGUGGUGUGGUAACGAGGCAAAUUUCAGUUUUUGGUAAAAGGUGCUUAAGCGAGGAUUGUAUGGGAGUAAUGAGUUAUUCUUACACCGAUAAGCAACUAUACAAUCAGCUCCAAUACUUUGGUUCCCUAUUCGACGUGAAGAAAAACAAGAGAGAGCUGCUGAAACCACUCUACCGACCAGACCAUCCGGACGCAGCAGAGACGAAGAUCCCGACUUGUCAAGUCUUGGCUCUUGGAGAGCAAAAUCGAGACUUAUUCCAAACGAUGGAAUCGGUUGUUCAGAAAUACUUGGGAAAUUGUGCACGCAGCUUUGUUGACAUGGGAUCAAUUUUUGACUUCAUGAACCCCGAAUGA